AAGCGAUUUCAAAUCCGCCAUGGAGAAAGGCUUUCCUCCGCGGUUUGAGUUGCAGGAACAGAUCGGAAAGUUAGUAUACCGCGCGGUAGUCCGCGAAAGCUGUUCUGGCGUAUGCUGUUAGUUGUGAGCAAAACUGCGAAUCACCUUGAUUCGAUUGUUUGCAUUAUCUUGCUUUGAUGACUUCUUAUCUUCUCGUUUAACUAUUUUGAUGGUUUGUAUUUUGUAUUGCUGUCAUAAAUUGGAUCGAGUAAUUCAAAAUUGUAAUGUUGUCGCAGAGGUACAUUCAGUGUUAUUCGAAGAUGCUUCGACAAGAGGAGCGAUCGAGUUUGUGCUGUGAAAAUUGUUGAUGUGGCAAAGAUGACUUCUUCAAGUGGCCUCACCGAAGAAGGUAGGAAGCUAUAUCUCAUAAUGAGUGUAAUAUUAAACCUCGAACAAGCUUGUUUGAUUUUUUACAGGCGAACUCUCGACAAUUAAGAUUUUUAUUACUGGUUCUAUGCGUCCUUAUAUUGCAUGUGCGCAAAACCUGUCACAAAAACUUGAGACAGAGAAGGGGUUUGCUUGCUAUCAUGCUGUGAAUAUAAGGCCAGAUUUCUGUUAGAUAGCAGGUAAAUAAUUUCUCUUAUGCCUUUUUUUGUUGUUGUAAAAUAAACACUCAAGGAGAAUAAAUUACAAAAGUCCCUUAGGACAGGAAUAGGCAAACCACAAAGAACACGAUAAUUCCAACAGAUGGAAGCUUCGUUCGAUCUUCUUUGUUAUGAUAUAUUGGACACAGCGAAGGUAGAUCUGUUUUCCUCCGUUAUUAGAUCAUUGUUGAAGAGGUUGAUUGUCAAAUCAGAGAUUGACCUGGUAUAUUUUUAUGCUGAUGUUUUCCGCUUCGCUUCGCGCGUUUCUGCUUGACUAACGUUUCGAGCAAGCGUUCGUGGUGUAAAUUUCAAGAACCGAAAGUCAAACACAUUUAUAAUAUUUCUGUCAAUUUGUGAUUGUUGUUUUCACAGAUUUACAAAGGGAAGCCCGCAUUUGUCAGAAAUUGCGCCAUCCCCAUAUAGGUAUGGAUAUUAAAUACCCUUGACAUAACAUUUGUAAUCAUACAGUAAUUCUAUUUGAGACUGUUUGUAAUUUUCAGCAAUUUUAAUUGGAAUACCAUAUUCUUAACUAUGUAAAUAUGAAAUAAUGAGUAGUUGUGGCUGUGGCAGUCUCCAUAAAAAUUCUUGUUAUAUUUAAAAACUUUGCUUUAUCACUAAAAAUAAUUAAGAUAAGAAUAGCGUUAAAAUAUAUCAAAUUAAAAAUUGAAGUCUUUCCUGGGUUGAAGUUAAGUUACUAUUCUUCAGCCGAAAGAACAACAAAAGUCACAGAAUCGGUUUGGUUUUCUUGUAAUUGUUGUUCCCUUUUUUCACCACAAAGUAAAGAUCGCAAAUUUUGCAUAAUCUAACAGGAAAAAUAGAGCAAAUUGUUUAUUUCAUUCAGAUUCAAAAAGUUUCAUUUUAUUGAAAAAGCGAAUUAUUGCGUAUAAAAAAUUUUGGUAGCUGAAGUAAAGGCAAAAAAAACCCUUUAACCCAAAGAAAAAAGACAUUAUUUUGAAUUAACAGAGUACUCAUUUGUAAAAAAGUGCUUUUUGACAAAAUUAUUUGUUUGAAAUAAUAUUGGAAACUUCCAAGAAAAAUACAUAGAAACUUUGCCUAAAUAUUGUGAAGGUGGGAUGUCAUACCUUACCUUCACAAAUGUAGCUGAGUAUAUAUUUCCUUGUUGAGUAAAUAAAAUGUUUCCUGUUUUACGUAUGUUUUUGGGAAUGAGGGGUUGUUGUGAUUGGUCUAAAGAAAUUAAUUAAUUAUUUUCAAUUAUUUUUUUCAAUACAGGCAUAUUUAAUUGUGAAUCUGUCAGUUGUCUUGUAUUGAGAAGAUCUUUACAUUCAGUCUAUUUUUUCAAUGGAGGCAUAUUUUAUGCAUCUAUCAGUUGCCUUGUGUAGUUGAGAAGAUCUCCACAUUCACUAAACGUAAUUCUUUUUGUCUGUGUUGCCUAAACCCAAAGUCAAGGCUGAUUGGACAACUAAGUAGGGUGAAUGUUUUUGCCCAAUAUUUUGGUUGGACAAGGCUGCCAGAAGCUUAGUGAAAUAUAGAAUAAAUUGAUUGCAAAAUUUAAAAUAAGUGUUAACAGAGUCAAGUCAGUUUUCUUUUCUUUAUCUGAGGCUGUGAUUUUAAAAUCAUUUUUGUGACCAUUCAAUUGGAAGCUAUUGAUCUGUGCCUCCUGGCAGAGCUGCUGUAACAAUGCAAAGAUAAUUUUCGUUAUACAAAUCUUGAUACCACUGUCGUCUAGAUGACUUACAUUAUACUUGUAUGAUAAAAGGUGACAAAACUUAGUGAAGGUCUGAAUAUCAAUCAUGUUUUUAGUUUAAAAAUUUGUGAGUACAAUGUUAUGGGAGUAAAUUCAUACAUUUCUUCAGGACUCAAUAGUGUACCUUUAAACUGAAUUGUGAGACAAUUUUGAGUUUAAAUCAUUGUAUAAUGCCACCCAUACCAAAUGGAAAACAACAAAAACAAAGCAAAAUGAAGUGAUCAGAAUUAUUGAUCCUUUUUUGCCUACUUUUGCAUAAGUUUGAGAUGGCUGGAUAUAAGCCAUUUGCACUAAGAGGUCAUGUGACAUCAUUUUUAUGAAAAUGAAAGUUAUAUGAUUUUUCCUUCGAAAAAAAUCAGUGGGUCAUAUCAUAAACAAACUAAUGGUGAUAUUUGGUUUUUUCAAACCCGGACUAUUUUCUUAAAAUGAGUAAGUUCGUAGCUGGUGAUGUGAACAAAAUUUGAUAUGUAAAAUUAUGAAUUACCCAUUUCUGAACACAAAUUUUGCACUUAUACGUCAAGGAAAAUGUUGAAAAGAUGAUGUGGUAAUGUUUACAGCAAAUCUGAGUGUAACUAUCAAACGUUUAACAAGAUACUUGCCAUUAUUUUGGAGGGCAAGAGUAUGCUCUCCAACACUGCAGCCAAUACAAAUCAUACUACUUUGUUGAAAAAUCAAAGUGCCAUAAAAUAUCUCCCUUAAAUGUAUUUCCUCUCAAACUGCGGGUGUAAGAUAGUAAUAUUUAUUUAUUUUUAUGUGCUCUGUCAAUGUUUGGCAUCAGCAAGAUUCCAACUUAUUGUUUAAAGGAAACAUUGGUUAUGUGACUUCUUAGUGCAAGUGGCCUAUUGGCCAAGGUCUUUCUUUUUUUUUGUUUUUUUGUCAUGUUUAUGGACUGAGACUGACUGGACUGAGUUGAGGUCAAUAAAAUAGUAAUAAUAAUAAUAAUAAUAGUAGUAGUAGUAGUAGUAGUAACAAGCUAUUUCCAAUUACAUUAACAUCAAAAGGUUUAUAAAAAUAUACGUCAAGCAGCGAUGUAUUUUGGGUCUUAACCAAUUUUUAUUUUUUGUGCAUUAUUGUGCAAGAACUAUUGUUUUUCUUAACCACUUUAGGUUUUCUUUUGACCAUUUUUUAGAGAUGAGGUUUAAGGUUGCUUAAGAUUAUCAAUCAAUGGAUCAAUUCUGCCCAGCACAAGAAUAAUUUAGAAUGUAGGCUCUACCAUGCAUGCAAGUAGUAACUUUGUCACUUUGAAGUUUAGUGUUUUUCUUAAUGGUCUUGCAAUAGAAGUUUAACUCUGUUGAAAAUUAACUCUGUUGAACUGCUUUUACUAAAAUAACAUUUCACUGACUUAUCUAACUGACUUCUCCAGCUUCACGGCCAUCCUUAUCCAGCCCAUAAAAUCUUCAUGCUUAUCAGGUUCAACUGCCAUUCUCUUUGGUGUAGAAAAUGAACUUAGGUUUUGUUGUUGUUUCAUAGUGAAACAAAAGAACAAAGCCAGCAAAAGAAGCAUGAAUCAAUCAGCACAGUAGUCAAAAUGUACACUCCAGUCUCUCUCGGAAUUGCAUCUGGAAUGCCUGACACAGAACCUACUCAUAAGCACUCAGUCUGAAGUAACAGUCAUUUUUUCCUUGAUCUAUUUCAGUUGACAUGCUUGGUGCUUACUCAAUGGAUGGAAAUAUGUAUAUGGUGUUUGAGUAGUAAGUAACAACAUUUAAUAUUUAUUAUUUUAAACUUAAAUUUAGUAGUUAAUGAUAUCUUUCAUCACUUUCUGUAUUGUACAUGCUACUAUUAAUAACAGCAAUUUGUACCAUGGGAUUAUGAGGAUAAUAAUAUUGUGAUAUGAUAACUUAGUGAUCAUGUGUAAUUAGAGGAUUAACAUGCAAUGAAAUGAUGUCCUUGGUGCUGUGUGCUUUGUGUGCUUUUGAAUUCUUGUUGUUCACAGGGUGCAGAGAAAAUUGGUUUUACGGCUUGCCAUUUGGGCAAGUUGUUGCUAGUGUGUGCUAGCCCAAGAGUCUUUUAAGUAGCUCAAGAAAAUUUUUGAUGCGCAGCAUUGAUUACAGUUCUUCUGUAAUUUGAAUUUCCCAAACAACUACACUUGCAGUUUCAUCCACUAGCCCCGGGCUAUUGGACACAACUUUCUUUGCACGCUGUGUUCAUGUACGCGAUCAUUCUUGUGCAGCUCCUACUAGCGUUGAUUUACCUUCCCACCUCUCCCAUGGUGGUCUAUUGUAACUUUUAUUACAUUUUGUCUGAUCAAUAAAUUGAACCUUUCUCUAAACAUCAGUCUCUGUACUUGUAGUUGAUGUUAUCUUAAAGAAAAAAGUGAGAGUUGCAAACUGUGUCUGAUUACUACGAAGUUAAAGUGUAUAGAGCAAUCACCUCAGUGACUAUCACGAGUACAACACAUAAUAACAAAACUGAAAUAUUAUGAAAACCAAUACCUUUGCAGAGCUCCAAGCUGCCAAAACGUUAAUUGCCACCCAUGAGUAGAAACAAUUUUAGGGACCAACAUUGCAGCAGAAGUCACCAAUUAGCAACUUGUACAGCCAAAGCACUUGACUCAAAAUCACGUUUUUCCAAUCUUUAUUCUGCUCUAUAGCUUGGAUGGUGCUGACCUUUGUUUUGAAAUUGUUAACCGUGUCAAUGCUGGAUUUGUUUACAGUGAAGCUGUGGCAAGGUAUGUAAUUAAAGGAAAAUAGUAUUUUACUUAAUAAUUACUUUUGACUGAUGUUACAUACAUUUGUUUGGUGUAGCAAUCAGCUCAUACGAAGUAAGUAAUUCAGGGUCAUGGGAAAUCAUGGUCAUGAUUUUCUGGACCUGGAAAAUUUUGUUUUCGUGAAAUCCCGUGAAAAUCACCAAAAAAAGCAAAAUACUGUGAAAUUCGCCAGAAAUCUUAUCAAAAUUAAUACAUGUUGAUACAACAUUUUUUAAACUUAUCUUCGCUAUUGGGGCUGUUUAAUUGCCGUAAUCUUGCAAAUUUAUCUUGAAACUUCAUCGAAACAUAGAGCGAACAACGUCCCAAAACUACCAGGCGUAAAUUAUGUGAAAAACUGGGCACUAGUCAUGAUGUUAAAAGCUUUGCCAUUGGCUCAUUUCUCGAGCACUUUGUUGUUAAAAUAGCAAAUGAUUAGAUCUUUUAAAAAACAUUAAACGGGCUCGUCAAAUCAGCACAAAAUUGAUUGAUUUCUAGCUAAAUUUACCCAAAAAGUUCCCACGAAAUCGGCUGUUUUUUACCAACUGUUUUUCAGGGAGGCAAGCCCUGAAAAUUUCUGCAAAAUUCUCGUGAAAUCAGCCAAUUUUUCUGCGAAUCUGUCUCUGAAAAUCCUGCGAAAUUCGACUUUUUUUCUGCAACCUAUCAGAAGCCCUGACGUUAUUUUAAAAAAGUUUUGAAUUUGAAGGCUAUACUGAGGGUCAUGGAAAACUGAAAAGAGGCAUUGAAACAGUUUUGAAAAGUCAUAUAAUUUAAGGGUAUCAAAAAAGUAUAAACCAUGUUAUUGUUGUUUUAAAAGUGGUAUCCAUAUAUUUUUGCAGCCAUUACCUCAGACAAGUUCUUGAGGCUCUGUCGUUUUGUCAUGAAAACAGAAUUAUUCAUCGUGACCUCAAGGUAAAGUUUCACCCGACAUAAUUAGUUAACCUUCGUCUCUAAGGCCCAAUUAAUAAUUAAUUGGGCCUUAGAAAUAAUUAUUAUUUCCUAAUGACAUCAGCAAAUCAUCAAGAGAAAUGUUAAAUACCAAAUGCAAAUAUGGCGGACCUGUUGGCUGACCAUGCUCCAGGGUUUUCACUAAGAAUUCUAGUAGCAGGAGAAAGGAAUAAUCUGAAAGAGGCUCCAUGUCUGAAUAGAAAAAUAGUCAUAGACUGUCGCACGUUAGCCGGAGAAUUCUGUGUAGUAAACAGAGAAUUCUCCGUAGCUAAUUAGCACUCUGUUGCUCUACCUGCAGUUGUUCAAAAGCAAGGCUAGGGAGGCCUAUUAGCAAUUUAGUUGAUCGAUAAGGUUUUCUUUUACUACAUUGACUUAUCCAAAGUCCUUUGACAAGGCAAAUACUGGAUUUGUGCAAGUCGAAACAGUGAAGAAAAUGGAAUUCUGUUUUUAUAUAAGGAGGCAUUAGAUGCUUGUUGACCACUAAUAGUGUUUAUGGCUAAACUGCUCUUAGCACUCAUUCUGUAGCCACCAUGAUUAUUUUUUGUCUUGUGUUGUGGUAAUGAACUGAGCCAAAGGAAUCUCUAAUUGAUGGAGUACAUCAAAAUAAAAAUAAAAAAUAUUAUAUACAAUGAAAGAAAUGUUUAAAUUUUCCUCAUUACAGCCUCAUAACAUUCUCUUAGCAAGUAAGGAGAAUUCAGCACCAAUCAAAAUUGCUGACUUUGGCAUUGCCACUGAAAUUGGAGAGGAAGGCUAUGUGACAAGUGGUAAGAAAAAUUGAAUGAAAUUACUAUUAUUAGCAGAAGUGCAACUUCACAUAUGGUUUUCACCAAUAUUGCAGAAGGAAAAUCAUGUUCAGACUAUGAAUUCAGCAGAUCAAGCAUUCUUUUGCAAGACCACCUUCUGGGCAACUCGAGUGCCAAAAUGUUUCUAAAAAAUUAAUAUUUUGUGUAUGAAAGUAAUUAUUAGGGUUUUCUUGCACUUAAACAAUUUUAGGCCGAUGAAAUUGUAGGGAUGUUUGUUGUUGUUUUUGUUAAUGAGGAUAUUCAUGCAAUUCUCUGAAGCUUCACAGCAAUCUAAAUAAAAUCACAACUGUUCAGCACAAUACAGCCAACUAGAGUGUUAUACACAACUAGUGAAACAUUACAACAACAGUCCUAUUCAGGACAACAUUCACCCGGACUAUCAUACUCAACCUACUUAUGAAAUGACACCUGGUUAAGUGGUCAUAUUCACAUUUUAAGCUCAAUAUGCAUGACAACCAUUCUGGUCUGGUCUCAUCUUGGAGUUUGCUGGAUUUAACAUUCAUUUACUUAUCUCUUGUCUUAGGCCGAAUAGGAACCCCACAUUUCAUGUCGCCAGAAGUUGUUAACAGGGAACAGUAUGGAAAACCUGCGGAUGUCUGGGGAUGUGGUUAGUACUUUCUGUUUUGAUAUUUUUGUUAUAUGUACAUGUAUGUGAAAGUCCUUGAAUUUCCAAGGAAGUCCACAACAUGGCCUUGAAUUUCUUUAAGGUCCCAGAAAAAUCCUUGAAUUUUUCCCAGUCUUAUUUGAUUUGUGGUUGAGUAUUCCUGAUUUUUUCUGAAUUUCUGCUAGACUUCCAUUCCACACACAAGGCAACAAGCAGCUGUAUGUACAUAUAUGUGCAUACAUAGAUAAUUUCCAUACCCAUGUGCAUGAACUAUUUCAUGUCAUGACAUUGUUGGCGGCUCUGUUUGUGAGAAAUUAUGCCCCGAAAGUAGGCUUUUAAUCUAAAUGGUUGUCCAAGUAGAAACAAAACUGGUCCUUGAAAACUCCUGGUAAAAAGAUCAAAUUUCCUGUGCUAUUGAUAUAAAUACAUGUACCAGUUAAAUAAAUAAUUGCACUGAUGAUGCAUUCCUUUUCAAGAGUGUUAUAAACAACUACAGUUAUAUGAUGUAAACUGAUGUGGUGUUCCCUUUUAGGUGUGAUACUGUUCAUUCUUCUUAGUGGUUCAUUCCCUUUCCAUGGCACCGGGGAAAAAAUAUAUGAAUCUAUCCGAAAAGGGAUUCCUACGGUGAGUAACUUGUUGCUACCAUGUCUUUAAUACAGUACAGUCUGCUAGAUUUGACUUUAUGAGGGCAUGUGAGAUUGUCAGAGUACAGUAAGCCCAGGGUCAAACCUCAGACCUCACAUGUGACAAACCUACUGACAAUGAGCAAAAUCAAAUCUAACCAUCAUACUGUAGACAGUACCAUAGUACUGUAGAUUUUACCCAGGAUCUCUUGGACUCAAUACAUUGCCAGUCUUCUGGAUUUUUGGAAACAUAGUUUUCCCUGUUUGGGUUUCUCUUUUUCCUAUCAAGUUGUUUUUGUUAUUUUGUAUUUGAAACAUGAUGAGCUUUAGUAACCGGGGGGAAAUAUGCAGUGUAAGGGAUUCAAGGUCUGAGAAUUGUCUUCCUGAGUGGUCAAAAAAUUAUUCUUGAUGAUUAAUGGCAGUUGUGAUGGUCACACUUUUAGCCAGGAAAUGAUAAAUUGACAUCAAGCUCCAAUCUCCAGCUAACAGUUGACAAAGACGUCCAAAAAAUCACUAUUUUUUUUUCUCCAACUGGGUAUCCACAGGCACCCAACUGGUGAAAACCGUGGUGACUGUUACAGUAUUAACAAGUGCAAAGGCUGAUUCUCACUUCGUUAUUAAUAUUGUGAUUUCUACAGAUGAGAGCUAGAAUCUGGGACAACAUAUCUGAUGAAGCAAAGGACCUAGUGAAGAAGAUGCUAGCUAAUGACCAGAAUGAACGACUGACGGCGCAUGAAGCCCUGGACCAUCCAUGGCUAAGGGUACAAAGAUAACUUGAACAGUAAAAUAAUAUAGUUAAAGGGGUGUCUGAAAAAAUGUGACCUGUAAUAAACUUUUGAAUCUCCUUCCAAAUUGCCGUCUGUUUGCUUCUAAACCGAAGGGAAAAUGUAACAGGUAUCCUUUUUAUUAUGGUUUCCUCACACCCCUUCAAUUAUUGGUGAAACAAAAUCAUGUACAAUUCUUUUUGUUUCAGCCCUGAAACAAGUUGCUCUGCUUGACUUGGCACAUUGUUAUGCAAAAGUAAUAUGCUAUUUCUUGCCAUCACUUUUAAGGCCUCUGAUAGGAUAACUACCCGGUACAUAUAAUUUACAUGAGCGUGUGCAAAACUGUGGUUACUUUGCAACAAUUUACAUAGAUGUUUUAGGAAUUAUUCCCAGUUGUGAUUUCCUUGCUGAGUCCCUCGUCAAGUGACUUAAAAAAAUAAUGGGUAUAUUAACCUGACCAGCUAUAAAAUUUUUUUGACUAUAUAUUGUUUGCAUAGAAUCGAGAAGUUCCUCAAAGAAUUCACCUUCAAGAUUCAGUUGAUGAAAUGAAGAAGUUUAAUGCCAGAAGAAAAUUAAAGGUACAUGUAAUGUGCAGUUCUGUGAUAAAAUCAACAAGGGCAUGGCUAGAGGGCAUCCUAGGGUACUUCAAACAGCCUUCCCCAUCCUCCCCCCCCCCCCCCCCCUGCUACUACUACUAACAUUAUGGGUGAAGAAGAUAGGGGGUGGGGGAACCCAGAAGAAUAGGAGGCACAAGAGGAAAGGGCAGAAGGUGUGAGUUCUAAAAGGCUGGGAAGUGGGAGAAAUAGAAGGAAAUGGUGAAUACUUUGCAAUCAAAAAGGGGCUUAAAUGAGGAAGAUAGGAAAAAAAGGACAGGAACCGGGAAUGCAAGCUAUGGAAGGCAGGAGGCUUGGACCCUCCUGUCUGCCCCCACCCCCUCCAUACCAUCACCACCACUAUUGUUAAGAAAAAAGGUAUUGUGUGGAAAAAAAAAAUAAUAAGGUCAUUAUGGUUAAAAGGGAAUAAUGCUGUGCUCAUUAGGUUAGUUGACAUCGUUACAAAAUAAUCACAGAUAAUGGAGAGUUGAGGUGGGCGAGGGACUUCCUCCUACAUUGUAUAUCCCAAUUACAUACUGGUAUAGGAUCCCCAACAAAGCUUCCAUAUGUUCCAGCCAGAUAGGAAUUUUGAUGUAUUUACAUGUGCAUACAUGUUUGAAUAGGUUAGUUGACAGCUUUACAAAACAUUCAGAGGUAAUCAAGAGUUGAGGGGGGAGGGGGGAGGGGCUUGCUCUCAUAUCACAUUGACAUUCUGUAGUAAGAUCGCUCUAGUUGAAAAAUCCUUUCUAAGUGCGAUGCUGAUGGGCAAGGUUUCACACAUUUCAUUAUUCUUGAUUUUAUUCAGAGGGGAGGAUUUGGUUUUUACUGUUUAUUACAUGAGUGUGAUUUUUCUUUCAUUUUAGGGAGCAAUUUUGGCUGCUGUUGCAAGCAGAAAAUUUCCAAGUAAGAUUGAAAAAUCUAAGAGUUUUUAGGUCUAUUGAACAAUAGCAUAACACAGCUGCAAAUAAUUUUUCGAAAGGACAGGUGUCUGGCAAAGGCAUCUUUUUGGUGCCGGACUUAACAAAAAAUGCAAUCAAAGAUGCAUAACGCAUUUUGAACAAAGAUUGUGAAUAAAAGACACAAGACUGUAGACUGAUUGCUUUCACAUAUUCACUGCGUCAAGGUAAUUUUGUUAGUACAACAAUCCACAUGUGUUCAAGAUAGAUUUCACCAUAUUCAAAGUGAUAAUCUUGAGUACUGACUUUGUCUGGAUAUCUUGUCUGACCACAGUUAAGAUUUUGUUAGGCCAAUUUUAGUCAGACAUUUUCUGAUGACCUACUGUUAUUAUUGCACCUCUGGUGUGAUGGUCUGUAAGACAGUUAUAAUACAGUUGCUCUUUUUGUUUGUUUUUGUUUUUUUUUUACAAUUUAGUGGCUAUCAUUUGAAAUAAAAUAAUUGACAGUGGGGAUUUUAAAAAUACCAUUUCUUUUUCUUCUCUUUGUUUUAGUGGCUAAUGGAGAUGUCAUUGGGGCUCAGGUAUUUCAUUAUUCAUAUUUACAUGUUCAUCUGUUUACCCUUAGACCCAAGAGUGACCAUCAUCAACUUUCUUCUUUCAUUGCCAUUACAUAAUCAAGUGAUAAAGCUGUAAGAAUUGACAGAAAGAUCAACUAAGCAAAAAUGAUCUGAUCUUUUAACAAAUUCUCUCAACUUAUUCUUUAAGAAAUGUACGGUGACUCAGUAGGGCGAAUUCGUAUGUGGAUAUUGGGGGUUAAAGGUUUAACCUCAUCAUCAGAUGAGCGUGGAGAGAGGGGGCGGGGUGGCGGUGUAACUGAGAGGCUGUGGGGCCAAGAACUGCAGCCCCAGUCCAAUGCGUAACCUUGACAACCCUGAGAGGUAUCCACCCAGGCAUCGUCACACUGCUAGCAGUGGAACCUAGCCUACUUACCAUACAAUUACCAAAGGUAGGGUAGGGUAGGGAACAAAGACGCUAGAAACACGAGCAACCAGGUCAACGUUAACGUAAUGGCGAGCCUGCGUAGCGAGCGUUUCCGUUUGGUUUCGGAGCAAAGAAAGACCGGGGAACGGGAUUCUCGGUUUUGGCUGCGCGAGAAAUGAAACAAGAGCUCUUUCACUUACGCCAUUUUUCGCGCGGCCUUUGACUCUCGUUCCUCGUUCUGUGCUCCUUAACCGCACAGAAACGCUUGCUACGCAGGCUACGUAAUGGCCUGACGUCAACGACCCUUCGGCCUCUGCGAAGCAAUUAGUGUAGACUACGAGUAGUCCCCCAUUUUUCCUCAGGGAUAGUAGAGCGAGCGAAACGCGAGCGCGCGUGAAAAUUACCCCACGCGAGUCGUCUUUUCUCGCGUGGGGUAAUUUUCACGCGCGCUCGCGUUUCGCUCGCUCUACUAUCCCUGAGGAAAAAUGGGGGACUACUCGUAGUCUAAAAUUAGUGUGGCCCAGUUUUCAUCAUCAUACGUUUCUGGGAAACUUUCCACCUACCCCUCCCCUAAGCCAACAUUAACACUUACUUCUCACUUAGGGCAAAAUGUUGGCUUAAGGGAGGGGUAGGUGGGAAGUUUCCCAGAAACACAUAAUGAUCUGAUGAGGAUCCGAUGAUUCUGGCGCGAAAGACUUCUGGCCAGUCUCUGGCUCUUGCUGACAUCAAGUUUGAUCACCAUGUCGUUAGCGCUAACAACGUUCCUCUUAAAAUUCUCUCUUUUCCUAGGAUGAUGUUUUUGAAUACGAAGAUGAUGAUCUUACCGCAUCAGGUACGGAUUCAAGAAUUUUUCUCCCCAUUCUGUGAUAAAAAAACUCUUUUGAAGCAUUUCAUUUAUCUUGUAGGGUGAUAAAAUGUUGGGUCAAAAGGGACUAUAUUAGACUAAGAAUGGUCCCUUAUGUUUCUCUGUGGUAGUAGAGCAAGGGAAGUGCUCGAGAUAGCGUGAAAGUUAGUACCCGCGAGGAAGCUGAUACGCGUGUCACCUUCCUCGCGAGUGAAAAUUUUACUCGCGCUCGCGUAGUUCACUCUCUGUGCAAUCCCUCGGGAAGAUGAUGGACUACUUGUAGUCUAGAUCAUUGAAGUACUUUAUGUUUCAAGUUACAUGUAACUAUAGAGUGUGACCUGUAACGUAACGUGGGUUUCACGCAAGGCGAGACCGUUAACAUUAAUUGCAGUGCUUCUAUAGGUGGAUUCAUCGUGACUUCGUUGCUUACUAUUUUCCUCAUUAACGUGCGAGAAGAUGUAGCCGUAUACCGUAAAAUUCCGAAAAUAAGCCCCUCCAUGUAUACGCCCCUCCAAAUAUAAGCCCCCCAAACUCGUAACGCAAAAAACCCUCCGUUAAAUCGCCCCUCCCAAUAUAAGCCCCCCGGGGGGCUUGUACUUGGAAUUUGCUCUCGAAUACAAAGUUAAACAAAGCAAAAAUGGUAAAUUUCCUUCCCAUUACAAGCUAGCCCAAUCGAUUUUGAAACGCAAAUUUCCCUCCUUACAUAAACCCCUCCGAAUAUAAGCCCCUCCAAAAAAAAGGCCCUCAAAAAGGGCCUUUGAAAAAUAUAAGCCCCGGGGCUUAUUUUCGGAAUUUUACGGUAUACCAAUGAGGUUCAAAAAUUAAAAGAGCUCUUUGAUGUAUACAGUUUGCGAAAGUUUCAGCUCUUUGCAAUCAGUAACAAAGCAAAUAGCAGCAGUUAAAAACUACUAUAAAAAUUACUGGGUGGCAAAACGUUAAUGAGCUCAUACAUCCUUUGUCAAGGAGAAUUUCUCCGAAACUAUCUGGUAUAUCGGGCUCAAAUUUCAGAGCUAUCUGAAAUUGUUAUGCCCUUUCAAUAUUCAAGAAAUUUUAUUUUAUUAGCUUCAUCAGAUAAUGAUAAGCCUAUGCUAAUGAGGCAAAAAUGUAAACAAGGAUUCGCCUAUAGAGACGAACUGUUCUGCUUUUUGUUUUCUUCAGGAGCUAUAGGUCAGCUCCUUGACUCACUAGAAGAGAUUCAAGUCCUUACCGGGGCUAGCGAUGCCGACGUCAACUUUUUACAGAACUUUUUCGAGCAUCAAACCCUACAGGCAUUACUGGAGGUGAGAAGCGUGGCUGAUUUCUGUGUAGAAGUUUUAACUACAACUUAGUAAGUUGACAGCGAUUUUGAGGUCUAUAUUAAAGCUAUCCUAAGAGAUCCUUCGGAGUUUUUGGCGUGUUUCAUGGGAAGCAACGUAUACAGACCAAGGAAAUUGUUUGCAAAUGACACAUGCAAUUUGAAGCCGUCCUGAAUCGAUAUCGAAUCCUAAUAGUCACUCACAUAACCAGAACAGUUUCUUUAAACAUGUUUGAAUGUUAUUUGAAUGCACGAAAAUUUCGAAAUAGUUAUUUGGUUGUUGGAUAAAAAAAAACAGUGUUUAGUACAUUUUUUAAAAUUUUUUUAUAACGUUUUUUCUUUUUUCAAAAAUUGAGUAGCAGUGAAAAAGUGUGAAAUAUUUUAAAGUUUUACUCUCUCCUUUUAGAGAUUUGUUUUUAAUGAUGAACAGACAACCAGCGCAAGCUGUUUUUCUUCUUUUACCCCUUAAUGAGGUCACACUCAUUCCGGAUUGCUUCCUAAUCAUAUUAAAUGAAAUUGCUUUUUAACAUGCCAGUGGCAAAUAGAACACAAAUAUAACUGGCCAGCAAAGUAAUUUUUAAAUAUUUCAUUUUCGUUCGCAGAACCAGUAAUUUGAGGUUUUAAUUUCACGAUUCGCUUCUUCUGAAUUUAUAGAUAAAAGAUAUUGAUGUCACUUGUUUUCUGUUUUAUAUGUUUAUGAAGAAUUAAAGGCUCUGUAACUCGUUGCACAGAAAACCGUGGCGUGUGCUCUUUACAACUUGGGUUGAGUCUUCAAAUAGUAUUUCAUCAGUUCUAGAUUGGCGGUUUUUAGUGAUAUUCAAAUGUUUUAUUCCAGUGGUUAAUUAUUGAUUUCUCUUGUCAUAUUAUAUCAGUGUAAGUUGAGGCAAUAUCGUAGGUGAGCUUGUUACUUCGACUUUCUUUCCGUAAUGCAUCAGGUUUAUGACAGAAGUCAAGAAUGGACUGAUGAGAACAGCACUUGUCCGCUAUCAUCCUCGCCCAGCGCCGUACAAGACGCCAAAGAGGUAAUUACUUUGCGAAUUUUUGUAUUUUUCAGAAUUUAUACACAAGCGUUCCUUUUAAAAACUUUUCAACGACACUCAAAAAAGGUCUUUUUUGACAGUGUCUUCUUCAAAUUUAUCAUAGUAGAGUAUAGUUUGUUUGUAACGUACUUUUUUGAAAGGCUCAAGCUAUUUCCUGUAGUUUUGUAAGCGGGAAGCACACCAUUCUAAGCUUGAUAAUGUUUGUUUAUAGUUUGUGCGUAUGAAGAAAAACACAGCGCACGGUUAUUUACCUCUCCGGUGUUUUAGUGUCGGUUGUUGAUGUUGUGAUCAUUGACAUACGAUGGCUCGUCUUUAAUGUCUUUUCUCGAAAAGAGUCGUGAAUGUAUUUGCUCGCAUUCUAUUUAACAACUAAAGCGAUAACUGAAAACAGCAUGUUUUUUGUUCUCUUGAAACUAUACUUAUUCAAAAUUCUUCGUACUUCGCUGAGAGUUAACUGCAAACUUUUUAUUUGGAGAUAUUAACAUUCGUGAAGGCAUUGUUUCCAGUUAAGUGAUUGUUCCAUCUGAAAACUUCUCUCAAUUAUUGUUUUCUCGAUUCUCAUUCUUGUGAGUUUACCGAUAAAAGCUGUAUUGAUUUGUUACAAGAACUCUUUCCCCAGGCAAAUUAUCAAGCCAAGCUGAGUUUCUUGUUGGUUUUAUAAAGCUCUCUGCCGUUUCAAUGUGUGAUAAAAUAGUGUAAAGUCAGCAUAUAAAUCUGCUUAACGAGAAUCUUUUUAAGUAACUUAGCUAGAGAGAUUUGGUUGUUGUACAAUAAUCGUACACUGUUUGAAAUCCUCUCUUUAUACAACCUGCCCACUAUACUUGUCAAAUUCGCUGUUGAGCGCCGGACAAACAGCGGGGAAAACAGUCAGCGGAGCGGGGUGCUCUAACCGCACCCGACCAGCUACGUUUGGUAUGACUCACCCCCACGGGUUUCUUAUGGUUUUGAAUAGGAGGGCUACUGAGUUUGACACCCAGGCAAAGAAUUGGCAAGGCCCUCCGGGCAGGGGGGAUCUGGGGGCAUGCUCCCCCCGAAAAUUUUGAAAUUCCAUAGUCGCAGAGAUAACUGUAGUCUAAAACUCGAGCAUAAAUUGACAACAAAUACUCGAAGGGGGUGGAGGGGGUGCGGGGGGUAUUUGCACUCAUCAUAUCUCAAUAGAUAGCAUGGGACCCCCGUUUUUUAUUUCAUUUCUGCAGCCUACGUGUACUGAAUUUCACAUAGGAAAAUUUUGACAAAAAUCUUAGUGUAGCUUCCAUUUCAGAUGAAUGACCUUAACCCUUUAAGCCCCAAUAUCCAGAAGCAAAUUCUCCAAACUGAUCUCUAUACAUUGCUUUAAAGAAUAAGUUGAGAGAAUUUGAGAAAAGAUCAAAGCAUUUUCUCUCAGGUGAUCAUUUUAUUAAUUCUCAUAACCUAAUCUCUUGACAUUGUAUGGAUAUCGUUAGGAGAAAAUUGAUGUUGGUCACUAUUGGGACUUAAAGGGGUUAAUAAGAGUUUGACCGUAGUAACGUGAAUUGAUGAAGCAAAUCCAAAGUAAUUAAUUAUGCGUAGCAUGUACAGACUUUCAGUUCACCUUGUCAUGGAACGAUCUUCUCUGGUUUUCUUUUUCCUUUUUUAUAACUUUCUUCUUUCUUCUUUCUUCGUUGUUAACUUUGUUAAGAUGUUGAAUAUUAUGUUUUUUCCUUCUUUUUUCAGGUUAUUGACCUGAUCGAAUACAAAGCAGAAGACGAUGACGAUUGUUACGAGCUACAAAACAUCUUGAUGGACCCACAUGUCGCGGUAAGUCAUUUAAAAGUCCAGAUUAAUAGUAAUGUUUUAUGACCUUAAUCAGCCGAUUUGGCGGGGAUAGCACAACGGCUUGCGUCAAGAAUUACUGUGGGCCGACUGAAACUGUCCUUGUCCACGCACAAAUCAUUGCGCCGAAAGCUUCCACCUAUUCUCCCUUAUAGAGUUGAGAGCUGUAGCACCGACGACGGCGACAAAACGAGAAAGUCAAAAAAGCAAUGCGUUUAAAUGUAAAUGUAAAUGUCGCGAUUGAGAGGACAAACAUACAUGUUCUCUUUACAUAGCUUUUUGCAGUGGGCUCGGACAUCAGCAUACUAAAGGCGCCGAUGGCAGCCGCUAUCAGUCCAUUUAUGAGCCCACUGAACCCUCCCAACCCAUGAUGAGUGAUGAUGUAAGUGAUGAAGAUAGACCACAACACCGGGAACUACGUCCCCUACUCUUUUCGAAUAGUGUGUGGGUUCUUUAACGUCCCACAGAGUUAUAUGUGAACAAGGUUUGUGAGACGGGACCUCCGGUUUAUCGUCCUUGUCCGAGAAGACUUGAAAGUCUAAUCAUUUGCAGAUGUCAUUACAAAGACAGCACUUUCUUCGCAGUUAUUUUUAAGACCCUGAGUGUUGGUCCGGCCAGGAUUCGAACUCGCGACCUCCCGCUCAGCAGACCGGCGCUCUCCCAACUGAGCUAACCGGGCGGCGUUUAUUAGAGAGCAAGAUUAGAACUUUGCACGGGCAGCACACCUUUUUGUACAUUCCUUGCCGACACUGCACGACUACGACGUAAAAAUGCCUAAUUUUACGUUUUAUGGAAAACAUAAACAAGUGACGAUGAAUAUUUCGUUCUUUUUCUAAACUUCAUUGCGAUUCCCAAGAAAUCAACAAAUCAAGAGAUAUUAACUUACAGUUGACAUUUUCAGCGAAUUCAUUUUAAAAGUGACGUUUUUGCUGCCUUCGCCGUCGUAGAUGCUAAAUCUUCCUUCUGGAGUGGGGAAUACGCCUACAUUGCAACGGAUCAUUUGACCACCUACCCCUCCCCUUAAGUCACAAUCCUGCAAUUGAAUCCACUUUUUGAGUUUUCAUUUUCUCCCUUUAGGCAUUACUUGAAGCACAUGAUGAAGUCCUGAAGAAUUCUUCCGGUGAUGGAGUGAAUCCAUAUCAAUCGGAAGGGAGCCCCGGCUAUAACAAUAGACAGAUGGAAGACUCGGUCGGAGACCGGCCGGAAAAACUAACCCGGGUGCGGCUGGUACAGUUCCACAAACAUCCAAAUGAACCGAUGGUAAGUUUUCUCUGUAAGUUGUAUGUGUGUGUUAUAAACCGAACAGGCGAACUGUGUGGUCCAUUUUUAAUCACGAAAACCAUUCUUCCUGAUUUGACUUCUUGAGAUUUAUUUCAUUCUUCAGUAAAUAUGUGCGUUAUUGACCGAGCGUGAGGUCAAGAUGGCUGGAUAUUGAUUGGCCAAGUUCUUUUUUGCCUUUUUAUUGACCAAGACAAAGGCGAGGUCGAUAACCGUGACAACGCCAAAAAAACUACCAAGCUUGGUCAUUAAAGGAUUUAUUGUAUGCCCCAAAAGAUAACUUGUUCUUGCGGGACCAACGCGGGAAAUCCCGAGCGGGUAAGAUGAGCCUCUCUUACCCGCUCGGGUAGCCAAUGGGAAAACAGGGCUCGCUUCAUCUUGCCCGCUUGCCGAUUCCGCCAUGUACAGUCGACUCCCGAUAACUCGAGCCCUCUAGGGAAAUCGAAAAAAGUUCCAGUUAUCGGGAUUUCGAAGUAAAUAACCGGGAAUAAGGAUAUAAGCGAAACGGAUGGGGAGGAAAUGCAAGUAUCAUCCACACUUCUCUUCAAGGGCAGCAAGAGACAUAGAUUGAUAUUUUGAAAAAGUAAUAAAGCAACAAAGCUUGAUUAAAAUGGGCCAUUUCGGAAUUGCGUAAGGAACUGGGGCGAGUUUCAAAUUCAAGCUAAUCGAUAAACAGACACCACCAUAUAAAAGGUCAGGUUAAGAUUGGAUUUUUGAACAAGUUUGGUGCUUUAAGGUUGAACAGGGGUCAACAGUAAAUGCAUGAAAGAAAUCCAGAGGAAAUCGAUUUUGGUUCGAGUUAUCGAGAGUCAACUGUAUUAAAAAAGGUAUCAAUAACUUUUGCUUUUUUUCAUAAUGCUUAAAAUUGAUCGGCAUAAAAAUAGCAACUGUUGACUUAUGACGUAGGAUUUUCUAAUUUUGGUUUAAUGAUUGAUUAUUUUUUUUAAUAUUUUUAUUCAUUGAUUUUGCUCAAGUAUUUUUACUUAUUUUUUUCUCCAGGGUAUUACUCUAAAACUGAACGAAGAAGGACGCUGUAUCGUUGCGAGAAUUAUGCACGGUGGCAUGAUUCACAGACAAGGUUUGUAUUUUCUAAAACUAAAAUAAAGCACACGAAAUUUUAGUCACCGAAGUCUUCUUUACAUCGGUUUACUAGGAUGCUUUGUCGCGUUCAUGGAAAGGCUAAGGUAGAUAGCUAGAACCAUUACCAAGGGCUGUGCACUUACACAUGAUCUGGGAACAUUGUUAGUCGAUGAAAUAGUUAGAAAUGGUGGCGACAUAUAUACCGGAUACUUUCCCGGUAAAUUUGCGGAUGUGGCAAACGCUUUUAAAGUAACUAGAGCCACUGUCAUAAACUUAGGGUAGCGUCUACAUUAAUGUGCGGAACGCGGAGCCCACAACCCAGAGCGAUCAAUUCGCACACUGGGCGUUUUUACCGCGUUUUCACGGACCGGUUCAUUUUUGUUUACAUGUUGUUACAGUUGUUCAUUAUUUGAAAUCAUUCUCUCACAAGAAGAGGCUUUUUCAAUUUUAUUUGGAGUGAGGGCAAUUCUCACAUACGGAGGGGAUGUUUUUUCGGAAUUUUACGUGUGUUACAAAUCAUAUCUACUUGAUUACAUUGUCUUCUUCCGUUGAAUCGCGCUUUAGGUUAUCCGCUAUUGCGCUUGCGCAGUAAGUAUUCUGGGGGGCAACCUUUCAAUUUCUGAGCGGAUGUUUUUUAUCAUGGUGAAAAACACAUAACCGAGGGGCAUGUCAUGGGAAAAGUCUAAAGAUGAUUUCUGCUUUAGGUAUUAGAGUACCUAGAAAUAAAGAAUAAUUUAUAAAUCGACUCCCACAAUUGUACUGUAUGCUUUUCGUAUAAGUAAUCAUUUGUGGCCGAAGUGCCCCUUGCCUUAAACUAAUGAGUAAGGAAAAUAACGAUCUGGGUGACGCCAGAUCUAGUGGCAAGUGUCACUUAUAAUUUUUUACGGGGUGCAGGCUGCCCUCGGGUGACCCGCUUACUUCUGCGGGAUGCCCGGGUUGUAGCGGCCUCCGCAUCAAAACCCCACUACUAACGUAAAAGAUCGAUAAAGGGAUAUUCCUUCAUUCCUCCCUUUUGCUUUCGUUCCAACUCUCUCGCCGAACUCGCGCGAAAACGCUUGUUACGCAGGCUUAAGGAAUUUGAUAGCCUUCUUGUCAGCUGGCACGAGCGUUUAUACUGUUUUUGACCUGGCGCGUUAUUGCCUUCGGCGAGAAAGUAUGUGUACGGUUAACGUCCACUUUUGAGUGAGCGAUACAUCGAUACAUCAUUGCAGUCGAUUGUCAAUACCGACACAACGCGAUACCAGUCGAUUCGCCUUAACUUAUUAACUUGUUAUUGCUGGAAGCUUAACUUCCGUUGUCUUGUUUUAGGAACUCUGCAUCCUAGUGACGAGAUUAGAGAAAUCAAUGGAAUUAACGUGGCAGAUAAGUCAGUGGAGAAUCUUCAAGCCAUUCUGGUGAGUGAUGCCUAAUGAAACAACGUAGUCAGUACUACAAUAAAAACCCGCGUAUAAGAACCUAGUGAUUUAAGAACCUACAGGCUGAAAUUUUGCAUUUUAGUACCCAUAGAAGAACCUGUUCAGCCUGACAAAGAAAAAUAGGUUCUUAUAUAAAAAAAACACUCCAGAUUUGAUGUUCAAAUUCUGGAUUUUAAUUGUGAAAAUUUUUGUAGUGUACUGCUUUUUAGUCUUACCAAUAAAAUAUUAUUCAUUCCAUAUGUAUUUUUCCUGUUGAAAUUUGCAUGGUGAUCAUACAACUGUAAAUAUGGUCCGGCCCAUGAUACAGGACUUGUUUCAACAACAAGGCUUGACAUUUUUGUAAAUGCUUUAUAAUUAUAGCAUAUUAGUACUAUUGCAGUUCCCCGAAUGCUAUCAGUAUUAUAACUUUUGCAAAUAAGAACCUACUAAGAACCCAAUCAGCCUGUUAUUGGAAAAAAUACCCCAAAAUAUAAGAACCUGUUCAGCCUGAACUCCAAAAUUCUAGGUUCUUAUACGCGGGUUUUUACUGUAGGCUAACAGUGAUUUCGCCUCUUUGGAAACGAGACCGCAUCUGCAGACGAAACGCGCCUCGCAAGUGUUUCUGGGAUCGUUACUGGUGACGCGCUGGUCAGCUAUUGGCCAAUUUUUUCGUUGUCCCUGGUAACAGUUCCAGAAGUCUUUGCGAAAGUUAACUCGUCCCAGUUUAAAGUUUUCUUUUCGUAUUGUCGUUGGCGGAUCUAGGGGGAGGGUGCAGGGUGUGCGCACCCCCUCCCCCCCUCUGAUAUGACCUGGGGCUUUCUAAUACAACUGGUAUUCGUCACCAGUCAGUUAUGCCAUUCCUUAGGGGUACACCCCCUACUAAGAAAAAUCCUGGAUCCGCCCCUGAUUUUAGUGUGUGCACAACCAUGUUAACCAACAAUAACAACCACAAUAACUUAAUGUACCCACGCAGUGAAAUUAAUCAUUAGGCAAGUGGUGAAAUAUUUAAAAAUUUAACAAAUUAAAACUAAUAACAUCUCCAUUGAUAAGAAUGAUAUUAUUUAUUGUGUCAAUAACAGAAUGCUUGAUUCUGAUUGGUUCUUGACAGCCCAUAUUUAUAGCUUAAUUUUGCUAUUGUAACUCCAACACUGUCCAAUUUGACCUGUCCAAUUACCAGGAGCUUGUAAUCAGACAAGUCAGAUAGUGAAAGAACCAAUAAAAAUCAAGUAGCAAAUGCUACUGGCCAAUGAAAUUUUUAAAACUCAAGAGCACAUGAUAACCAAUCAAAAUCAAUGAAAAAAUAGCGACCAGGUAAGCUGUCCAGCUUCAACUGGAAAAGAAAAAUGGAUGAAACUAACUGGUCCAGUGACUUUUAUUUACAUUAAUAAAUAUUCCAAGACUGAGAUUCUCGCAUUUUGUUAUUGACACAAAUGAUUAAUAAAGGUAAUAGGACUGAGUGGAGUCCAAUUCGGUUUGUAAUCAUACGGGUUCUCAGCUGAUAACUUUUAAUGUUCCUAUAACAUACACAUACAAGUAUGCCAGUUUUGGUAGACGUAAGUACUUUACGUAACUCAUUUUUAUUCUUUUUAUUAUCUUUUUCCUUCACAGCGCGAGGCGAGCGGGAAUGUCACUUUUAAGAUUGUUCCCAGUUCAAGAAAUAUUAAUCAAGUUUCCGAGGUAAGAGACAUGUGCGGACUUCAUUUUUGUUGCUAAUACAAGCACAUUUUGGUAGAACAAAGCUGUAUAAAGGUUGGGUGUCUUGUUAUUUGAUUUGUGACAAAUCCGCAACAUUUUGGUGCCCGAUUCAUUUUGCCAUUUGCAAGCGGAAUUGUGAGUCCGAAAUGAAAAUGUUCCUAUGUGGUUGGUUUGAAUGAAUGUUCUCGGAUUUAGUAAUGUAUGUCUACAUUUAUAAAUCCAGAAAAAUCUCUCCGAGAGAAAACGCAGCCUGAGAAUGAUUUUUUGGAAAUAAGCUUGCCUGUGUAGUUGGUGGGAUCGUUAGAACGAGCAAAGUUAUGGCAGAGGAGCUGCGAAGCCGUGUGGGGAAUGGGGAAGAGACGUUUUGAUGGUGGCUUUGCCGCCAAAACUCUCACACGCGCAAAAACAAUUCCACCAGUUAAGCAGGCUAGGAAUAGAGAGCUUUAGAUUUGAGGAGCAGAACGAGUACGAGUACGAGAUUUAACUUAAAGUUUUUGCGCGUGCUCUCAAAAAUAAGACACCCCGGAAAGCUUCAUUUUACUUUUUUUCACCAAAAAGGUUAGCACGGUUAUUGACACUAAAGGAUGUUAAGCCCUCUCCCGAUAGCAAAAUGAUAAACUUCUUAUAUUUGAUAACUUGUUCCUGCCACUACGACAUUUCUCGCUAAAACUCGUAGUAGAGUGACGACGGCUAUCACAUUUUCCCGCCAAAAUGACGCUGGUUCACGCGUCAGCAAUACGCAGUAUUGAGAAAGUCUCGUACUCAUAGUCGCCCUCGUCUCAGAAUCUGAAGCUCUCUAGAAAGCCUGUAUUGUUUACGACAGUGUUCCAUUUGCGGAAAGCGGUCUUCCCUUGAGUUAACGUCACCUAUUGAUACCAAGCUAUUGUUUUUCGUUUCAGGUGUUUGUUAGGGCGCUGUUUGAUUACGAUCCCCGAGGGGAUGACUUGAUACCGUGUCAGCAGGCCGGCUUAUCCUUCACCUGCGGGGAAAUCAUUCAGAUUGUCAGUAAAUCUGACCCAUACUGGUGGCAGGCUAUCAAGGAGGGUGAUAAUGAAGGCUUUGCGGGACUUGCUCCGUCGCCCGAACUACAAGAGUGGUGAGUAUGUCUGGAACCAAUUCCUUUUAUUAUUUUCUUAAAUUUUUGGAAAAUAAACGCAAAGGUCAUUUUAAUGUGAAAGGUUUGAACCCAGGAGUCUUUUUUAAAAGUAGGUUUAGUAUGAUCGUCCGGGUGAACGUAGUCCUGAAUAGGACUGUUGUUGAUGACAGUGACUGACGUUUCGACAACCUGUGUGGUAGUCAUCUUCAGAGUCAAAGUGAGUUGUAUCACGUCAGUGGAUGGUAUUAUACUCUGGUUAUUGAUCUGAUUGGUCAAUUACGUCGCGAUAUUAUUGGUCGUCUGUCAGUUAAGCCGUGAUGUUAUUGGCUAUGAAGACUCGUAAUCAGUAAUUGGUGCGUUUCGAUCCGUCUAUUGUCACAGUUAAACAGUCGUCUGUUGUUAGUCAAAUUGUCAGUUCUCCAGUCGUUCUCUCAUAGUUAGUUUUGCUUGAUCUCGUCAAUAAGUCGUUUGUACGGCGCUGGUAACUGUUGGCUACGAUUCAGUGUUGUUUUAAUUUUAAUUUUGAAAAUAUCAAGACCCUUUUGCGUUAACCAUAGAAUUUAGAAGAAAUUAGCAGGGCGUGGACACCAAAUGCUACAAUAGUUGCGACUAUUAAUGUGUGGGUUGAGCAAUGCUUUAAAUCUUGAUUGAAAAAAACUUGAGUGACUGUUAAGGAUUUACCAUGUGAACUCUUCUUUCUUUUUUCAGGCGAAUUUCUUGUAUAGCUGCUGAAAAAGCCAGAAGGCAAAAUGGAGGUGAGUUGAUUUUUGUUUUAGUUAGCUUGUCUUUCAAAUUGUUCCCGAUCUCUGACGCCGCUAACUACGGCAGUACUAAUCCUCUCGUUUUUAUGAGAAUUUAGCUAAAAUACAGCUGCUUUAAUUCGCAUCUCUGUCAAUUUAAGUCCCCAUUUAAAAGCAAGGAGCCAGUCUUGUGAAACCACUAAAUAUCAAUUCUAAAACGGAAAUGUCAUAAGCUAUAAUUUAAGAAUAAUACAAGAAUAUUUUCAGCCUAAAAUCGGCAGAAAAAUAAGAAUAUUCAGCCUGGGCCGGAAAAACAACAUUCUUAUUAAAAAAAAAGAGUGUAUUCAUAACUUCGGUAUAUAUUCUGUCGUCAGGUUUAUUCAAAUUCGGCAAGUUAUCAACUUCCAGCCGCCUAGCUAUCGACGUUUGGUUAGAAGCCAGAAAAAGUGCAUUCGUCGUUAGCGCGGAAAUAUAAUUUAAUGGAUUGUUGCUUUGUUCUCCAUUUCAGCGACUUGUAUGUGGUUCGGCAAGAAGAAGAAAAGUAGCCGGGAUAAAUACGUUGCUAAGCAUAACGCAGGUCUGUACAUACUGACACCAAUGUGAUUGAAGAGACUUCAAGUCGCGCUCCUUUAACCAAAUAUAUCUUAAAUGGACUAUGUUAUGGCGAGUCCACAUCAUAUGAGAGAGUUUUGUUUCCCUUUUCUUUUUCAGUUUUUGAUCAGCUUGAUCUAGUGACCUAUGAGGAAGUCAUAAAGCUGGAUUACUUUAAACGAAAAACGUUGGUUCUUCUUGGUAAGUUGGAUGAUUAAGGCCCCGCGAGGUUCAACUUAACGCGCGACCUUCCAUAUGUUGCCUCUAUUUUAUUUACGCGCGUAAAAAUUACGUGCGCACGCACGUAAAAAUAUCACGACAGUGAAAAUCCACCUUAAGGUUUACUUUUUCAUUUCAGGUGCCCAUGGUGUCGGGAGAAGACAUAUUAAAAACACGCUUAUUAACAAAUAUCCAGAACGAUUUUCAUAUCCAAUACCUCGUAAGUAUAAAAUUCUCGUCAAUUAUGACUCCCUCAUUUUGUCUCACAGUCCCAGGUCAAAGUUCGAACUUUGGUUGGUACCGAACUUAAUGCUAUUGAGCAAAAUGUAUUGUUCUAGCUCAUUAGCGUAAGGUUUCCGCACAUUGAAGUUUGACGUUUGACCCAGGCCUUACAAGCCCUAGCUUGCGAACUGCAGACGUAUUUCCGGUCGUCGCUUCUCUUUCUCAGAAGCGGCGACCGGAAAUAAGUCCGCGGUUCCAAGGCUAUACAGGUCCCAUCGACACGUAUCUGUUUCUAUUUGAAAACGAAGAUUUUUCCUCUGGUUUAGUCUACCGUCCACACGUAUCCGGUAAAAACGGUUACCGAAAACGCAUCUUUCCAGAAACGAUCUCCAGAGUGGAGAUUUUUGAAAACGCCGGCUUCUCGUUUACGUGUGGACGAACGAAAAUGGAGAUUUUUGAAUACGAUGAUGUCAUACAUCAUAUAGUACGGGAAUUACGCUUGCUCCGUAAGGGGUGCUAUCGAAUUUCCAUCGUUUUAGCGCUUUCGCGUUUUGAAACGAUUCGAAUACGCUAUGUGCGGGCGCGAAUAUUUUUUGAAGACGUUUACAAAAAUAUCCGGAUACGUGUACAAGGCCACAGACUGGCAUAUUAAACAGUCUUACACAGCGUAAAAACAAUACUACAGGAUGGCAAUGCUCAGUGGCUUUUAUAGCCAUGCUAUUUAAAUAGUUACAGUUCAGGCUAAAUAAGUGAUAAGUGGCCAAAGUCAAAACUCGUCGUUUCUAAAGUCAAAACUCGUCGGUCAUUUAUAAAGUCGACGUAGACUUAAAACCAUUUUGUGGGAAGUAUCACUUGAACGUGCGGCAAAAUGGCUUUCACUUAACAGUUUAAGCCCCAGCACCAACUUUUGGAUUCUCCACGGUGAGAUUCAUACAUUUUUUGUGGUACUGCGUGAGAUAAUAGAGAGCUUUAGAUUCGAGGACGACUUUUAAUUUUAAAUUUUCGCGCCUAUUGUCUUAAAAUAGACAUCCCGGAAAGCACCAUUGUACUAUUUUUCACCGCAAAAGUUAGUUCGCUUAUUUCCGUUGAAGGACGUAAAGCCAUCUCCCGCUCGCUAAAUGAUAAAAUUCCUACUAUUCGAUAACUCAUUUUCGCCACCACGACAUUCUCGCUAAAACUCGUAGCAGAAUGACGAUGGCUGUCACAUUUUCCCGCCAAAAUGACGUUGGUUCGCGCGCGCGCUACUCAGUAUUUGGGGAAAUCUCGUUCUCGUAGUCAUUCUCGUCUCUCUAUUUUGCUCAAUAAAAAAAAAACAUUUCAUCUUAGGUGAUUAUUCCAUUCAUUCUCAUGACCUGUGGAUUGUAUCAGGCAGUGUUAUUAUUGGGAGAAAUUGGAUGUUGGUCACUAUGAGGACUUAAAGGGGUAAUUAAGUGGUCAAUACUUAUUGCAUCGAGAAACAUGUCAUCAAUCUUUGAAACUCUUUCUGUCAGAUACUACUCGUGAGCCCAAGGAUGGAGAGGAGGAUGGCAAGAACUAUUUCUUCGUUGCAGCGGAAGACAUGCUAGCUGACAUAGAAGCUAACAAGUAUCUUGAGUACGGAACUCACCAAGGAGCCAUGUAUGGCACUAAACUAGACACCAUAAGGGACAAUCUCAAUAAGGGGCUCACAGCCAUACUCGACGUAGAACCCCAGGUAACGAGGCCCUUGAUCUCUGUAGAAUACCCCUUUCUAACACAUCUACUUUUAAAAAUACAAUGGCAAUUUCCACUUAAACCCUGUAUUAGUUUCUUCCAAUCAAUCCCAACAAGGGUAGAAAUCUGGGAACUUGGACUUGUAUUGGAGGAGGCUGGUAAGAGUAGGCAUAUGUAGUUUUUUCUUGAGUGAUAUACAGUGAAAGAACGGAUCCAUCUGGUGUUUACAGUGAAUUGGUUUGGUGCACUAGAGUCUUCUAUACGCGUCGUGUCCUCGACGCUAGGUUCAGCGUUCGUUGCAUUGUGCUCUAGUUUUUAGGAUCAUUAAUUCAAGGUCCUGCCGCGCAGUUUUUCAGCGAAUCAGAAGCGAAAACAAAACCAACUGUAAAUUACUUUCUCGCGUUUUCCCGCGGUAAGCAUUAAGUUCUCAUUGGCUCCCUUCUGGCUCGUCCCCAGGUGCCACACUUGCGCGCAAUAAAACCGUUCAAGGCGUAAUGGAAAAUAUGUGUUUCCUUCCCAAGAGAACACGCGCGCCGCUUAUUAAACAAGUAGUACCAAGCACGGUUGUCUGGAUUCUCUAUGUCUGCUGUAACUCGCCGAAGUAAUUACCCUGGUUUAAGGCUUCCCACGUCAAACUUAAUAGUGGCCUUUCUGUUUUGUUGUAGGCUUUAAAGGUUCUUCGCACCGCUGAAUUCUCUCCGUACGUCGUAUUUAUUUCCGCUCCCUCCAUUCUUGCAAACGACAGUAUGAAGAGCCCAUCCACACCGAACGGAGACGUCGCUGUAAGUAUAUAGGAUAAAUUACUUGAGUCAAGCUACUGCAGUUAAUAAGGGAAGAUAAAUAACAUAAAUAACAACUUAGAAGUAAACAUUCGUCUACCAUUUCUUAUGGAAUUGGAAUACCGGAGUACCCGGAGAAAAACGUCUCGAAACAAAGAGGAGAGCCAACAACAAACUCACCCCGCAUAUGACGACGACGUGUGGAUUUGAACCCGGGUCACUUUGGUGGGAGGCGACUGCUCUCACUAUUUUGCCAUCCCUUGCUUCCAAUAUACAGAAUGAAGAAAAUAAAAGGAUGGCUUUAUUUCGGUAAAAAUGUGUUUCCAUCCCGCGAUACUCAUACAGCUAGACCACAAAAGAGUCCGUAUUUUUGCGUAUUGAAGUACGCGCGAGCAGUCAAACAAAAGAUCUGGAGCGAGGCUGAAAACGGAGAGCGAGACUGGGGAGCAGGGCGUCUUUAUCCGCCCUUCUGGGGAGUGUGUUGCUCGCGCGCUUCGCGCUUCGCUUUACCGAUUUCUUUACCGAUUUUGAGGAAAAAAACCGACUGUUUUGUAGUCUACGAUACCGUCUUCUGUGGAAGCCUUAAAAAAAUUAUUUAAGGGGGCCGUGUCAUGGCUGGCUAGUUUAUUUUCUUUUGUCAAAUCCCAAUUAUGCGUCCUCUCCUUUUUCGAUAUGGAAUUUGAGAAAUUACUUACGAAUGACAAAACGCAGCAACGUGUCAUGCUAACUAUUGUGCUAUUGUGUCUCCUAAGCAUAUCAAACGUCACAGACGACAAAAGUGAACUUUGACAAGCUGUUAUGGCUAAAAACUUUUCAAAAACCACAAUUCCUUUUCCAUUUGCGGUGUUAUUUAUACUUUCUUUUAACCUUUUGUAUUUGUUUCACUCAAUUUAAUGUUAGUUCCUACUGUUUGAAUUUUUCAAAAUUUCGUGACGCAGCCCCUUUAACUUGGAGUGCUCUCUGUUGCAGGAUGAAAGUCUCCAGAAGCUGGCUAAAGAGUCGGAUAACCUUCGCCAGAAAUAUGGUCAUUUGUUCGACCUCACGAUUGUGAACAACGACAUCGAUGAUACCAUUCGCCUCCUAGAGAAUUCUUUCGAGCAGCUACGAACUACUCCCCAGUGGGUUCCAGUUUCUUGGGUCUACUAGCCUCACCCUACCCCUUGUAAAGGUUCGCGCAUGGGAUAAGUCACGUGAUGUGAACUUAACAUGGAGUAGUCCUCGAAUACGAACAGACGUAACGUCACUAGUCCCAGUUCCACUCCUAAGCCAGUAUCUGGACAGAAUCACUUGUAUAGUGGCUUCAUCUAUACGUAAUGUCAGUGCUGACAAAUGAAUGCAGUGCUGUUUUGACAUCAGCUUCACUCCUUUGAAUACACAGUUCACGCAAAAAAUACGACUAUUGUACGGGUGCCAUUGUAACGUUGAAUUCACGGGGAGUUAUACCAAUGGAACUACGCGUCGUUUCACACGCACUGAUCACACAUCGCCAAGAAAUCACGCCGUGUUUUAAAAAAAGGGGACUAGUGCCAGAGUGGAGUAUUGACCACGCCCUCUGACUCAUGAUCUUCCACUAUAGGAGGGCCAGAACUCAAUAAUAAAAAAAAUGUAUGUAAUUGCUGAACAAUUCAAGAUAAUACUAUCUAUUGGCGGAGCAGAAAAAGCAGAAGUAGUAUAGCAUCUGUUGUUUUUGUUUGUUUUUACUUUUUUUGUCAUAGAACAAUUUUCUAUAUUGCUGCUCUCCUAAGCGUUUUAUAUCAGUUUAUCUGCUGUCACUGUAUUUUAGAAUGUUAGAAUUACUGCUUCUCUCUUAGAGAAGAGGAGUGAAAGGAAAUGUCAAGACAAACCGUACGAUUUCGUUUUCCUCUGUAAAUCAGUUAGUUUUUUUUGUCUAGUCACGCAACGCUCCUCGUUGCGAGACAAAAACGGCUGCGAGGGACACUAUAAAUCGUUUAGUCCUUCGGAUAUUGCAGAAUUGAAAAGGGAGUGCUGUUUGUUGCGGGUAAAUCAUAGCGGAUAAAAAAUAAACCGUGGUUCCGCUUAUACAUGGGGUCAGAGAUUCUACAAGUUCAGUGCUGACGUUGUGCUAUAAGCUACCUUAAUGUAAUCAAAACAUACAGCAGACUGGUUUUGUAUCUUAAAUGAGUGAUUUUAAAGCAAAAUGAAGACUAAUACUUAGUUCCGUUCAGGUUGGGUUAUGCGUUUUUUCUCUUGUUGCCAUUAUAUGGCUAUAGCUGCCCCAGAAAACCCUGUUGAUUUGACCUUGCUAAAAUAUGUGUAUUCCCAUGACAUAAUAUUUAUUAAUAUAAUAUCAUAAUUUAAUAAUAUUUUUAACGUGGCUAAGGGUGUAGAGCUUGAAUUGCCCUUGUCGCAGAAGAUCAGCUAAACUUUGCAGAGCUUCUUAUCAAUCAAAGCUUUCUUGGUUCUCGACUCUUUGCCUUGGCGUUUUAACCUAUUUGCAGUCAUGCGCACUGCCGGAAAGCGUGAGAUUUGGAGAGCCAAUAGACCUUUUUACCGAUACGGCGGCCAUAUUGAAUUCAUUCGAUUUAAAUAGGAUGCCCAGGGGGCAUAAGCACAUUUCGUUUGUAUUUUCAAGGGCUUUUCGGGACAUUUUUUCUUUUUAUUAUUAGGAUCGCAGUUCUUGGAACGAGAAUGAGCCAAUCAAAGCAAACAUUUCCUUCCGUUGUUACAGCUUGGCCGUGGGAGGGGUGGCUUGUACUUCAGGUUUGCUUUGUUCCUUUGAAAACCUGAAGGGUAUCAGCGAAGAUUGGCCUGGUUUAAACGUCGCAUUUCACAUGUGCCGAAUCGAAUUCAAAUUAGUGAGGAAGAUAAAUUUUCCUCAUUAGCAUUUAGGGGCUAUGCCACGAGGAUAUUGCUGCUUGAUUUGGGAGUCAUCCAGACUGAGAAACUGCCCACCCACCCCUCCCCUAAGCCAACAUUUUGACCUAAAUGAGAAGUAAGUGUUAAUGUUGCAUUAUGUGAG